CCGUCACACUCUCGUCUUUCCAUGCUAUACACAGAUCGCGGCACAUUUUGAUUGGGUCACCCAACUACUGCUGGGUGAUGAUAUCAUCUACAAAUUUCAAGACGCAAAACCCUCUCCCUAACACGUACCCGCGAGGCUGCGCCUCCCUCUCCUUCGCUGCGACGCCAUUGCAGUAGGCGGCCACCUUUCCCUCUCUCUAAUCAAUGGAAUCGCUAUGCUUCUCCACCACCCAUUUCUCUCUCCUCCGACCCACACUUCCCAACCCCAUCCGACCCAUCAAACAUGUGCUCAUUGGGUCCGCCGCCAAGCCAUUCAUCAAAGCCACAAUCUCCAAACCCCCGGCUGAGAUCUCCGGUACCUCUUCCACGACCGUUACUUCCAGUCAAACCUCAUUGCACCCCUCCCCAGUCCCUCCUCUCAAGAGGGUCUCGUCCGAUUCUCUGCAAUACCAGCCCGGUUGCAUCGGCGCUGUACCUGAUAGUACGAUUCAUGAUGGCAUGGACGGUGUUGUGGGGGCAAUGGAGUACUUAACCAACAUACUGUCUUCCAAGGUGUAUGAUGUUGCCAUCGAGUCACCGUUGCAGUUAGCGCCAAAGCUCUCCGAAAGGCUUGGCGCUCAAAUCUGGCUCAAGAGAGAGGAUUUACAGCCCGUAUUUUCCUUCAAGCUCCGUGGUGCUUAUAAUAUGAUGGCAAAAAUUCCAAAAGAACAGUUGGAAAGAGGGGUUAUCUGCUCUUCAGCAGGAAAUCAUGCACAAGGGGUUGCAUUAGCUGCAAAGCGACUUGGUUGCAAUGCUGUGAUUGCUAUGCCUGUUACCACACCUGAAAUCAAGUGGAAGUCUGUUGAGAGAUUGGGUGCGACAGUUGUUCUUGUGGGGGAUUCAUAUGAUGAAGCACAGGCAUAUGCUAAACAACGGGGUGAAGAGGAGUGUCGCACAUUUAUACCUCCUUUUGAUCAUCCAGAUGUCAUCAUGGGGCAGGGAACGAUCGGAAUGGAGAUUGUGCGUCAGAUGCAAGGCCCAUUGGACGCAAUUUUUGUACCUGUGGGUGGUGGAGGGUUAAUAGCUGGUAUCGCUGCUUAUGUGAAGAGGGUUUCUCCAGAGGUAAAGAUUAUUGGGGUGGAGCCCUGUGAUGCAAAUGCAAUGGCAUUGUCGUUACAUCACGGUCAGAGAGUCAUGCUAGACCAGGUGGGAGGUUUUGCGGAUGGGGUUGCUGUGAAAGUGGUUGGUGAAGAAACUUUCCGCUUAUGCAGGGAACUGAUAGAUGGGAUAGUUCUUGUAAGCCGUGAUGCUAUAUGUGCCUCAAUAAAGAACAUGUUUGAGGAGAAAAGGAGCAUUUUAGAACCUGCAGGUGCGCUUGCCCUUGCUGGAGCUGAAGCAUACUGCAAAUAUUACGGCAUCAAGGGAGGAAACAUUGUAGCAAUUACCAGUGGGGCAAACAUGAACUUUGACAGGCUGAGACUAGUAACUGAACUUGCUGAUGUUGGUCGGCAACGGGAGGCUGUGCUGGCAACACUGUUGCCAGAGGAGCCUGGGAGCUUUAAACAGUUCUGUGAGAUGGUAGGACAUAUGAAUAUCACAGAGUUCAAAUAUAGAUAUAAUCCUCACAAAGAAAAGGCUCUUGUACUAUACAGUGUUGGCCUUCAUACAGUGCUUGAACUCAGUGCAAUGGUGGAACGGAUGGAGUCUUCUCAGCUCACAACCCUCAAUCUCACAAAUGAUGACUUGGUUAAAGACCAUUUGAGACAUUUGAUGGGCGGGCGAUCACAUGUUGAGAAUGAAUUACUUUGUCGGUUUGUUUUCCCAGAGAGGCCAGGCACUCUGAUGAAGUUUUUGGAUACUUUCAGUCCACGCUGGAAUAUUAGCUUGUUCCAUUACCGUGGGCAGGGUGAAGCUGGUGCGAAUGUAUUGGUUGGAAUUCAAGUCCCAGAAACUGAGAUGACUGAGUUCAAAAGACGUGCUGAUGCUCUUGGAUAUGAAUAUGCAGUGGAGACCAGUAAUAAGGCCUACCUGCUUUUGAUGCAUUGAUCAUAUCUAGCCAAGUGAUUUCAGUUGAAUAGAUUAUAUUAGGCUUAGCACUCAGGACCCUUGGCUUGCCAAAGAUAGUCAUAGGGGAGACAUGAAGGGGCCCUGGCACAUCUUUUCAUCUAAUGGAGAAGAGGGAGGCAGUUUUCCCCUCCCAUUUUUUGUAAUCUAUAUGACUGAAGUCUAUUAAUUUAAAAUGUGAGUGGAUAUGAACAGCAGUUUCAUCUUAGGAGUGGCAGUGUGACUUCUGUCUAAUCGUCCGUGUAAUAUGUGUUUAUCCAAGGGUACGCUUUCUGUUUUCCACUUCUAUGCAAUAAAAUUCUGGAGCUAGUUGACUUGUUUACU